AAAGAAUUAUGGCUAGGAAAAGAAAGGUUAGUGAAGUGGUGGAAGAGAAAAAUGUUGCUAGUGAACAGACAAUGGGUUGGGAUGAAAUGGUGAAGGAAGCUGCAGCAGCUGCUGCACUAGGAGGACCUAGGAGAGCUAGGAAGAGAUUUGUUGGUGUCAGGCAAAGGCCAUCCGGCAGAUGGGUUGCUGAGAUUAAGGACACGAUACAGAAGAUAAGGGUCUGGUUAGGCACUUUUGAUACUGCAGAGGAAGCAGCCAGGGCCUAUGAUGAGGCUGCUUGCUUGCUUCGCGGUGCCAAUACAAGGACAAACUUCUGGCCUUGUUCUCCAUCAUCUAAUUCAACCCCAGCUCUUUCUUCUAAGAUUACUAAUCUCCUCCUCCAAAGGCUUAAAGCAAGGAACAAUUCCUGUGCUCCUUUGCCUACUUCUCCACCUAUCAACCAGCAGCCGGUGCAGCAAGGACAGGAGUAUAGAGAAGAAACAACAGAUUGCUUGGAUAGUCAGUUUCCUGAUUUUCUUAAUGAUCCUGAGGAUUAUUUCAUAUCAAGUGAUAACAUCUGCAAUGCAACUGCAAAUGCUGCUGACUACUUGACAACAAGUCAUGAAACGUGCUUAACUGAUAAUGAAGAGUCUACCAGGAGAGAAUUAGAUUACAAUUUCACUUUCAGUGAUGCUGCUCAAUCUUCCAGUGUUUAUGAUGGUGAUAUGGGAGAGGAAAGAGAAGAAGAUGGAGAAGUAGGCCGUGACAUGGGGCCACUAGAUUUCCAGUUUGUGGAUGAUAUUGGAUCAUCUUGUUACUAUUCUCCUUUUCAGAUUGCUGAAGAGAUUGGGGUACAAAUGGAGCCAGAGCCAGAGAGUUUUGGAGAUGAAUCCUCAAUGAUUAGUGCUGUCGUGAAGAGAAUGACAUAUGAACGCAAAAUCUCAGCUUCUCUCUAUGCUUUCAAUGGGAUACCAGAGUUGUUAAGGCUACAGCUUGGUUCAGAAGAUGCCAUGGGGAGAGGAAGAUCAGAACAACUAAUAAAACUUCAAAAUGCAUGUAACAAGAAAAAAGGUGAGAAGAAUGUGAAAGGAAGUGAUACAGAAAUGAUGGGAAAAAAACAGGAGGAAAGCCCACAAAGUUCAUUUGAUUCUUCAAGUCCAAAUGAUACGGGAUUUUCAUCACCAAGUUCGGUGGAUAUGGGGCCUUCUUCAACUGUAAAUGAUGGUGAAUCUCUUUGGAGCUCACUUGAUCUUCCACCCAUCUGCUUUGUUAACUAACUGAUAUAGGAUCUGAAGCUCAUAACUUAUAUUCAUUCUAUUCCAUGCAAUGCUGAUCUUCAUAUAUAUACACAAAGGAACAUGAAAUGUAUUUUUCAAAUUUCUAGCCAAGAUUUUGCAAGUAGUCAAUUUUUAUUUUCUUCUUUUUUAUCAUAUAUGAGCAGUCAUAAAAGUUGAAGAAGGGACCCUGUGUACAUAUGUAGCCGGAUAUCUCUGUUCAAAGUGUAUGGGUGCUUAAUUACAAAAAGAGAGGAUUGUUUUCAAAGUAUGAUAAAAAGUUCACAAGAUUUGAUCCUUGGGCGUCAUUGUUCUAUGAUGUUACGAACAAAAUCACCCAACCAGCAUAGUUUGGCUAAUCCCACAUGCCAGAAUGAACUCUGAAACAGAACACCAAACGCAUGUUAGCCCAUCUUUAUUGUCAACAAAGGAGAUAAGGAAUGAGGCUAGUUAGAUUCUGUUGCUAACAUAUUUUCUCCUGCUUUCAAAUUGCUUUUGCCCGAGCAAAAUUCAAAGAGAACCUCGUCCAAUGAUAUAGAAACGAAAAACACAGCUAGAUUUGACAUAAGUUGGCUAAAACCCGAAAUUUUCACAGAUAAAUUCUGCACAUUCUUUCAGUCAAGGUGCCACACGCUGCAUUAACAUUGGAGUGGGUGCGGAAAAAAAAUAGCGUCCAACUUCAACCCCAUAA